AUGGCAAGUGCCGCCAUCACUUCGCUGCUACGCGCGUCAUGCUUGUCUUCCGAGGCACGACUAUACACCUUCUCUGAGGAGACCAAGUCCAAGCUACGCAAGUUCCGCCUGGGCACCUCGCGCGCCAAAGACCCCCAGGCCGUUAUCUACGAAAUCGAUAAGAAGACGCUCGAAGUACGCCAGUCGGACGAUGAGGUCUACACCGACGUACAGAGCCUCGCCGAUGAGCUCCCCGACCACGCACCGCGAUUUGUGCUCUUGAGCUACCCGUUGACCCUCGACUCGGGACGGUUAUCGGUGCCAUACGUCAUGCUAUACUACCUGCCCAUCACAUGCAACAGCGAGGUGAAGAUGCUGUACGCCGGCGCAAAAGAGCUCAUGCGGAACACAAGUGAGGUGAACCGCAUCAUCGAGAUCGACAGUGCCGAGGAUUUGGAGGAGAUCGAAGACAAGUUGAAGGAGCAGAAGUAA